UCAACUAGCAGUUUGGCACUUAUGAUCGCCUAGAUGACGCUACCAAUCGGUUUAGGUAUUUGUUUGACUUGAUGAAUGAGCGCAACGUGAUUAAAUAGGUAAUUACUGACUCUCGAAUCUGCUUAGAAAGUCAUUUAGAGCGUAUGUGAUACUUGCUACCAAAUAUCUUACGCACUCAGUUUCUGCUUGGUGUUUCCAUGCCUUUUGAAUCGAUCAAGAAAAUGUCACUGCUCAGAGGUUGAAGAAAUACAUAGUAUUUACUUAUGGAGACCUCUCAGCAUCUUCUGGCUGUCAUCAUCAGUUUCUUUGUGGUUUUCCCAUUGCAUCUGCACGCGAAGCAGGACGUUGUGUUCAGGUACGGUCUGCUGGAGACAAGGCCGACAGAUGGCGCUCAGGGCCGACGCUACUGUGUCACCUACUUCCCCAAAGUGCACAACCUCACCAUGGACAGCACCAACACGACGAGUCACCCGGUGUCGGACCUGACCGAGUGGGACGGCUGCGGUCCGCCGCCGGCGCCAACGCCGGCCACCGCCGGCCGCUGGGUGUUCCUCAACCAGUCCAAGGCGGCCAACUGCUCCAUCGACCAGCGGGUGGCUAACCUACUGACGCUGCAGGCAGCCGGCAUUGUGAUCCAGGUCAACGAGUCGUACGAUGACCUGGCCGCCAGCACCAACAGCUCGCCGAUGCCCGUCACAUUCAUCAGCUGGCGCCACGUGCCAGCGAUUGUGAACGCCUCUCCGCCGGUGGAGGCGAUCCAGUACGGGAUCCCCGAGGAGACCCUGUUCAACUACGGGCUCAUCAUCAUCUGGGUCAUCGCCAACACCACCAUCCUGCUCGGGGCCAUCUGGAGCGCCACUGUCAAAUACGAACUACACACUCAGGAGGAGCAGGCGCGCCGUGACGGCCCGGCCGGCGGCCGCUCGGCCUCAGUGACCACCACCCAGCCGGCGGCCGGCGAGCUCUCCUCCACACCUGUGACGGUCAUCUCUGCCGUGGCCGCCAUCGCGCUCAUCAUCACCUUCCUGCUGCUCUCCUACUUCUUCCCCAAGGUUAUGUAUUACGUGGUGCUGGUGUUGUUCUUCAUCGGCUCUGUGUCCGGGGUGUACACCUGCCUGAGCGCCGUCAACGCGCGCAUGCCCUGCAGCUGCGACCUCGGACUGGCUCCGGCGGUGACGACGCGCUGCUGCUCGUGCCGGGUGCGCGUCUCCCAGCUGCUCCUGUUCGCCGUAUCGCUGGCCGCCGGUAUCGUCUGGCUGGUGUUCCGUGAUAACGACGUCUGGGGCUGGGCGCUGCAGGACGUGCUUGGAGUGGCCUUCACGCUAUCGCUGAUCCGCUCCUGCCGAUUGCCCAACCUGCGCAUCAUGACUUUCUUCGCCGUCGGUCUCCUCAUCUACGACAUUUUCUUCGUGUUCAUCACACCGUUGUUCACAGCUAACGGCAAGAGCAUCAUGGUGGAGGUGGCCACCGGUGGCGGCGACUACAUCCUGCCCAUGGUGCUCAAGGUGCCGUACAUCGUGCACUCGCAGUACCCCGAGUGCCAGUCGCCGCAGUCUUUCUCCCUGCUCGGUUACGGAGAUAUCAUCGUGCCGGGCUUCAUAGUGGCGUACUGUGCGUCCAUUGACAAGAUUCACGGUAUCGCCUAUCACGCCUACCUGGUCACGGCGGCCACAGGAUACGGCGUGGGUCUGAUUGUGACGUUUGUGGCGCUGUACGCCAUGGAGGCGGCCCAGCCGGCGCUGCUGUACCUGGUGCCGCUCACCCUGCUACCUGUCGUGGUGGUAGCGCUCAUCCGACGGCAGCUCAGACUCCUCUGGCACGGAGCCAAACAGCCGUCCGGGGGUGAGCUGAUUCGGGAGCACGCCGACUACAACUCCGUCUCCCCUGUGGAGGAGUAGGGACGCCGCUCACUAGUCCACCGUCCGCCUGUUCAUCGGACCGCCGCUGCCGGCUGUAGGAGCUGUCCGGGAGCGCUGGCUGGCUGAAGAAGGUGCGUCCCAGGUCACUGGGAUGCAGCGGGUGCGGUCCGAGUGUGCGGGAGGCCGCGGUCCGGCGGCUCCGGCUCUGAAUACCGCGGCUCGGCCGUCCCGUGGGUGCCGGCGGGCCUGGCCAGGUCGACCGUCUCGGUAUUAAGGCAGUGUCAGAGAGCCGGCAAGGUGAGAGGCCGUCCGCUCCGUCCGCGCUGCGCCCCUCCCGUCCCCGAUGUGCGCCGGACGCCGUUUGACCGACCUACGGAAAUGCCUGGUCAAAUGUUUACGGCCGCUACAAGCGCUGUGUCGGUCACAGUCCAAAACGGACACCGCCCAAUGGCCACUCAUCGCCAAACAAUGUCAGACAGCUGCGCUCUGAACCUUUUUUUAGGUUAUUUGUGCACUGUUGUUAGCCUUUUUACCCACCUAUAUAUCAUAAUUUUGGCUGAUUAACGUUUGAAUUGCUAUUUAGAUACUUAAUUUUGUAUAUUUUUCUCCUAUUCAUGGUGAAGCAUUAUGAAAAGAUGGGACUUACUGAUGUGUUACAAGGAAUUUUGAUAAGUUUUGCCCGCGCACAUGCUUCAGAACUGGUUCAAAGGGCAAAUUAGAGGCAGUGUGUGCUACAGUAGAAUUUUUAUGACACGUGGUGGUGUUUCUACGUGUUAAGGGCUUCGUUUCAUAAAGCGAGUCCGUAACUUACGCCGGUUUUUGGUCUUUUGUUGCAAGUGCAUGUGAAGCGAUAAAGUUAUUUCCCCCUCCCCCUUCUGUUCUUGCUUACAAGAUAAAUAAAUUCAACGAUUCAAACUAUCGUCAUCGCUUCACAUGCACUUGCAAUUCAAGACCAAAUACCGACGUAAGUUACGGACUCGCUUUAUGAAACGAGGUCCAGGUCGCUCAUUGUAUGGUGGCAGGGCGUACCAACUUCUUUGGUAAUGUUUAACAUUGGUAUCCAUUGACCUUUGUACCAUUUAAUAUUAUAACUAUGUAGUUCAAACAAUGUUGUGUGAUGUUUGUACUCACCGGUGGGGGCUGGUGUAUUGCGUGACUUUCGUAUAUGCCCGAUAUCUACUGGCUGAAGCCUGAAGCUGUAUAUUUUUCUCAUGAUACAAACGCGCAGCGAAACACUUCUCUUGGUUUUGGUUAUGUUCUGUCGUUACUUAACUUUUCGAGACAAAGUGCAAAAUUUCACAUCGCUCAAUUUUUUUCUGGUCGUCACAUGGAUAUAUUUUUAGAUGAGCCAAGUUGUAAACAUUUUUUUCUGUACUUUACUCUGGUUGCAGGUAGAGCGUAGGUAGCUCAAACAGCGAAAGUUGUGUUUGCAUUAUUCAGUUAUCAAAAGUAUAAUUAAAAAUCAGGCGUAGUUGUUCGUAGGAUCUCACGAUUUACCCUGUCCGCACGUUCGGAGUGUGAUCAUAAGAUAUUUUUUUGUAGAGAUUAGUGCCCACUGCAGUCGUAAACCUUUUCGCCUACCUACAGUAGACUGUUUUCCGACAUCUUUCUCAGAGUUUUUACCGUACUCUCUUGUGCUAGUGGAUGGCGUUCGUGGUUAUAUAAAACCACGUAUUACAUGAAACCAAAUACAUACAUGGUUGUUUUA